GGUGACAAAGGCUCUGCUGGAGCUCCCGGGUCCCCGGGUGCCAAGGGGGAGCCUGGAGCCCCCGGUCCAGACGGGCCUCCAGGGAAGCCUGGCAUCGAUGGCCUGACGGGAGCGAAAGGGGAGCCAGGGCCCAUUGGCGGGCCAGGACUUAAAGGCCAGCCUGGACUCCCAGGGCCACCGGGGCUCCCCGGUCCUUCUCUGCCAGGACCACCUGGGCUUCCAGGCCAGGUUGGGCUUCCUGGAGAGAUCGGAGCGCUGGGACCCAAGGGUGACCCUGGACCCGAUGGCCCGCGGGGUCCCCCAGGCCCUCCAGGGAAACCCGGCCCCCCAGGACACAUCCAAGGACUGGAGGAAGGCAGCGCUGAUUUCUUGUGCCCGACCAGCUGCCCGCCAGGUCCCAAGGGCCCCCAGGGACUGCAGGGACUGAAGGGACACAGAGGCCGCCCCGGUGCCCUUGGGGAGCCCGGCAGGCAGGGCAGGCAGGGCCCCAAGGGUGAUGUCGGUGUCUCUGGAGAACAAGGUGUCCCAGGCCCUCCGGGGCCGCAGGGCCUGAGGGGUUACCCCGGGAUGGCGGGACCCAAGGGCGAGACGGGUCCUGCUGGUUACAAAGGGAUGGUCGGGACCAUCGGAGCGGCUGGGCGGCCGGGCAGAGAAGGCCCCAAGGGACCACCUGGGGACCCUGGUGAGAAGGGAGAUCUGGGUGGCCGUGGCAUCAGGGGUCCCCAAGGAGAUAUUGGCCCCAAGGGGGAGAAUGGUCUCCCAGGCAUCGACGGCAAAGAUGGCACUCCGGGUAUCCCGGGCGUGAAGGGUGGCGUGGGACAGGCCGGCCGCCCAGGAACGCCAGGACACCGGGGACAAGCUGGCUUGCCAGGCCAGCCGGGAAGUAAAGGUGGCCCAGGAGACAAGGGUGACGUGGGUGCUCGGGGCAAGCCCGGUGGCACCGGUGCGCACGGGCAGACUGGUGAGCCUGGACCUCGGGGUGAGCAGGGACCGCCGGGUGUCCCUGGGAUGAAGGGCGACCGGGGUGAACGUGGCCUCGUGGGCCCCCCCGGCGAGCAGGGGAAAGUGGGGCCGAAGGGUGAGCAGGGCCCACCGGGGAUCCCAGGACCCCAAGGCUUGCCAGGAGUCAAAGGAGACAAGGGCUCCCCAGGGAAAACCGGCCCCAAAGGCAGUACUGGAGACCCCGGCGUUCACGGCCUUGCAGGGCUGAAGGGAGAGAAGGGUGAAUCAGGCGAGCCAGGACCAAAGGGACAGCAAGGCAUCCAGGGCGAGCUCGGUUUCCCCGGCCCCUCAGGGGACGCAGGCGCACCCGGCGUGCGAGGCUACCCGGGACCCCCCGGCCCACGAGGACUCGUCGGGGAGCGCGGCGUGCCGGGGAUGGCCGGUCCGAGGGGCGUAGCGGGCCGGGAUGCUGGGGACCAGCACAUCGUUGAUGUGGUCCUGAAGAUGCUGCAAGAGCAGCUGGCAGAGGUGGCGGUCAGUGCCAAGAGAGCUGCCCUGGGUGGAGUUGGUGCCAUGGGCCCCCCUGGACCCCCCGGUCCCCCAGGGCCACCCGGUGAGCAGGGCCCACAUGGACCCAUGGGACCCCGAGGCGUCCCUGGCAUCCUGGGCGCUGCUGGGCAGAUUGGCAACGUAGGACCUAAAGGGAAGCGAGGCGAGAAGGGCGAGCGGGGAGAAGCUGGCCGUGGCCACCCGGGCAUGCCAGGUCCCCCGGGGAUCCCAGGUCUCCCCGGCAUCCCCGGCCAUGCACUUGAUGGCAAGGCCGGUGAGCGAGGUUUGCCAGGCUCCCCGGGCGAGGCUGGCCGGCCGGGCUUGCCCGGUCCCGCUGGCCUGACAGGGGUUUGCGGGCCGGCCGCCUUCCUGGGAGCCUCGGCAUACGCCGCCGCACGCCUGACAGAGCCAGGGGCUGUCAAGGGACCCAUCUACUGA